AUGAACCGUAAUGAUAAUAAUAACAAUGAUCCUCAUCAUCAACAACAACAACAAAAAAGAAAAACAACAUCUAAACAACAACAGCAACAACAAGUAGUAGAAGAAGAAAAAGAAAAGAAUAAUAAUAAUAAAAAAGAAAAAGAUAUCUUAACAAUGGAUGUAGAGUGUACGGGUGGAGGAUGUAAACAAACCGAUACUCCCUUACUAGAGGAACCUCAUCCCAUCUAUACAACUCAUAGAAGAAGAAGAAGAACAGAAACAGAACCUUCUCUAUUAGAAGUAGGCAGCAGUAAUAGUAAUAAUAAUAAUAGUAAUAGUGCUGGUGGUCAUCAUCAUCAUCAUCAUGGUAUUAACAGUAGUAAUAAUAAUAAUAAUAAUAAUAAUAAUAAUAAUAAUAAGAGUGAGAGUAGUGGUAGUAGUGGUAGUCAUUUCAAUAGUGCCAAGGGGAGUCCAAGUACUUUUCUCGUUGGCAGCACUUCCCGUUAUUGUGGAAUGCCAUUACCACCACCAUCCCCCUCCUCAUCCUCACAAACAGAAGAAGAAGUAAUAGAAGAAGAAGAAGAAGAAAAGAAUAAUAAUAAUAAUAAUAAUAAGAAUAAUAAUAAUAAUAGUGAUAAGAAUAAUAAUAAGAAUGAGGAAAAUAGAUCUUUGCUCCUCUCCUGGCGAUUGCCCCCGGCCGCUGUGGGGUCUCCGCCCGGCUCCGAUCGCAGCAGUAGUGUUCACUCCAACGCCUGCCUGGAAAAGCGGGAGGAACGCGAUUAUUAUCUCCACACAUUUGCCCCUCACGUCGCCCAAACAACGGGGAAAAAUUCCGAAUUAUUAUUAUUAUCAGCAUCCGCAUUAGAAAAAAGAGAAGAAGGAAAAGAAGAAAAAGAAAAAGAGGGAAAAGAAAAAGAAAAAGGGGAUAUUCUUCUUAUGGAGGAAUGUAGUAUGAAUAUGAAUAUGAAUACACGUCGUUGUGGAGGUGAACGGUCGGCGUUGUUGCGGAUUGAUUUGCCACCAUCGCCGUUUUUUUCCUCCACAUCACUUCCAUCACCGGAGAGUGUUGGGCAUGUGAAUAGACAGACGAAUCCUUCUCAACAUCAACAGCAGCAUCUUAAUAAGAAUAAUAAUAAUAAUAAUAAUAAUAAUAAUAAUAAUAAAGAGAGAAAUGAACGGCAGGACUCUCCUCAGCAGGCAUUUGGAAAUAAUGAUCAUUAUAGAUAUAAUAAUCAUAAUAGUAAUAGAGUGGUUCAUGGGAUCUCUACCGAUCCACUCGGUUUUUGUACACGUGAGGAUUACUGGACAAAGUAUAGAGAAACAACCGAUAGACCUUAUUCACAUGAUGUAUAUGAAAGUCUAGAGGAAGAUGUCUAUACUUCUUCUUCCUCUUCACAUCUCUAUACACAUACAAAUGGGAGACUACCGCGUAUAGUAACACCCGGUGAUAUUAUGCGGGAAACGGAUACUACUACUACUAGUACUACAGAGCCAUCCACUAAUAAUAAUAAUAAAAAUAGUAUAGAUGAUACGAAGAAUACACAACGAUUUCCAAUAAUGCCGACUGCUAAUACUACUACUACUACUACUACUACUACUACUACUACGAAUAAUAAUAAUAACAGUAAUUAUUAUAAUAAUAGUUGUUGUUGUGUGAGUACGGCUUUAGUUUCCUCCUUUGAUGCUGUAGAGGUAUUAUCUGGAUUAUAUCUUGGAGCCUAUAGUGAUGCCUUAAACAUUGAAGCCCUCGCUGCUCAUGGGAUUUCACUCGUUUUAAAUCUCACAGAUGAGUGUGAAAUCACAGAGAGUAUGCGAAAUAAUCCUCAUCGUAUUCAAUUUAUACAAUUCCCUUUAAAGGAUCACAGUGAUGAGAAUAUUGCCCGUUACUUUUAUCCUUUAGCAUGGAUGAUCCAUCAACAACUACAUAAACGUGCAUGGGCCGCAUCUCAUCCUCCUCCUCCUCCUACUACUACUACUACUACUACUACUACUAAUAGCAGUAAUAAUAAUAAUAAUAAUAAUAAUAAUAAUAAUAUAAUGAGUGGAGGAGUUCUUGUGCAUUGUCGAAUGGGAGUAAGUCGCAGUGCGACGAUUAUAUUGGCGUAUCUUAUGUUGUAUGGAGAAGAACUGACGGGGGAUUCCUGUUGGUGUAAAGAGAGUACUGAUGUGGAUAGUUCACUCUCUAUCCUUUCAAAUCAUUAUAAUAAUCAUAAUAUGAAUAGUGGUUCUGUGUGUUUACCGUACAGGAGCACUGCUGCUGGUAAUAGUAGUAAUAGUAAUAGUAGUAUGAGUGUGAAAGAGGAAAAAGAGAAGAAUAAUAACAACAAUACUCAUAGAAAUAAUAAUAAUAAUGAUAAUAAUAAUAAUAAUAAUAAUAAUAAUAAUAAUAAUAAUAAUAAUAAUAAUACUGAUGAUAAUAAUAGUAAUGAGGAUCAUUGGUGUUGUUGUUGUUGUUGUUUAGUGAGACGUAAUCGUGCCUGUGAGUUUGCGGAUGAAAGUCCCGAUCAUCCAACACUUGUGAAGAGUUACCGUGCGGCCUUUGAGUUUCUUAAGAAGCGGAAAAGUGAUAUUAACCCAAAUAUUGGGUUUGUUCUUGCACUGCGAGAAUUGGAUAGUGAAUUCCAAUCUCCAGUGUGA